AUGAGUUCUGAGCUUCAAAAAGAGAUUGAAAGAACAAAAAGCUGUUUUGGUCAGUUAGAAACUGAUAUCGAUUGGAUAGAAUAUAGAUCAUCUCGUAAUGCAUUCUAUACAACUAAGGUAGUUCAUUCUUCUCGUAACGCUCCUGAUUAUAUAGCUACUUUACAUUUAUUAUGUACUGGAAAUCGUAUGCAUUCCAUUGAUCUCCGUGUCAUUAUAUCACACCGUAAUCAUCAUGCUCCAACAUUUUUGAAACAAAAUUAUAAUUUUUAUGUGCCAAUUAGCUCUGCUAAGGAUAGUUUGAUAGCAGAGAUUCAGGUCACCGAUAAUGAUCCUGUCAUUUAUAAUUCUGAAAGACUUCUUACUUUCACCAAAGAGGAAAAGAUGUUCGAAAUCAAUGGCAACGGAAGUAUAUUUCUGAAGACUUCCUUAGAAAAUGAAGUAGCUUAUCGUCCAAUUCGAACUCAGGUCUUAGCCAUCGACUAUGGCUCGCCACAAUUAUAUUCCAUCGUCAAUUUGACAAUCGUUCCAGUGACCGUUUCUGCUGUGCGUGAUCUUUCCGUUAAUGUCGCAACUUCCGAUUAUCAAAUACUUCAAUGGGAUUUACCGUCAUAUGGUCAUGCCGAUCGCUAUCGUUUGAUUAUAAGAAAAGAACAUGAGAUAGUUUAUGAGGAUGAGUUGGACGGAACAAAAACAAAAGUUUUGACUAAAGUGUCAAUUGCAAGUGAAGGCAAAUUCUCGUAUCAACUAAUAUCCAUGGACGCAUCUGGUCAAACUCCAUCUGAUAUUCAAUAUAUAAACGUCAUUCAUAAAGAUCUCACUUGUGCUGGUGAAUGCUCAAGAGGUGGGAGUCCUUUAUGCUUCUACGGAAAAUACAAUCGUAUUGAGCAGUUUCACGAUGAACACGGAGCUCAUUGUCUCUGUUUUCCGGGAUUCUCGGGAAUUUCUUGUUCGAACGUUGCGACCUGUAUGAUGGAUAAGACCAUUUCCGCUUAUGGUGGAGUAGAUUGGCCAGAAGUUUCAACAAACAUAACGAGUAAACUACAUUGUCCUUACAAUAUGAUGGAUGAUUCAAUUUAUUUGGAAAGAACUUGUCUUUGGGAUAAAAACUUCAAUCAAGCCAUCUGGUCUAGAAUAAGUGGAGAAGAUCAAUGUAAAACACAGCGUUCGGUGCUCACUCAUGUCGGUGUAUUGGGAACAUUUCUAGGAAAUGCUCAUAGUGUUUCAACAAUCAACACCGUAGCCAAGUUUAUCAAGGACUUAAUGAAAGUUCCAGCAUUCUCACUUGAUAAAACUCAUGCUCACUUCGAUCAGAAAAUAGCUGAAGAUGUGACACGUCUAAUAGAUAUACUAAUGCCUUUGAAGAUUGAUAGAAUGUCUGGCAACGCAACAUUAGCGAAAACAUAUAUGUUCAGUGCUAUUCUUGAAUUGUCUAAAAGGUUACCAGUGCCAAUAUCUUUAUCAUCUCCAGAACAUACUGUUGAAAUGAAAGCCUUGGACUGGCCCAAACAUGUGGACAACUACGGUCUACUUUUAGGAACGAGAUGCCGAGUUAAUUUACCAAGAAUCUACGACUCACGUGUUAUUCGAGCUCUUUGUAUGACUAAUUCCACUUUAUUUGAGAUUGUGAACACAAGGGAUCCCAUUGUUGUUUUGUCAACAGACAGCAAGCCUGGAGAGUUUGAACCUGUGGAAAACUUGGGAAAAAUAACAAUCUUACUAAAACCUUCUAACAAGUAUGAGAAUUUCACAUGUGUGCGCUAUGAACCUUCAAUUAAUGGGUGGACUCCAGAAGAUGUUUUCCAAGUUCAUCAUUCAUAUCAUGGUUUCGUUAAGUGUGAAGUAUCGAGAUUUGGAAUCUAUUCCAUUCUUCCUGAAAAGAUGUUUGAAGAAAGUAAUAGCAUGACCGAUAUAUCUGCUCUUCUACCCUCUGUUACAACCAUUUGCUCCAUUAUGUGCUCGAUUUUCUUGCUCUUCAUGGCUGCUGCUCAAAGAAAUCAAACAAUCGAUGUAGCUCUACUGGUUUUCUUAUUUUUUGUUUUCCUCCUGAACAUUACUCAUCUAGUGAUGGUAAUAGCUCCUCAGGUUGGCGAUCCUUUCGCUAUCACUCCAGCACUUCAUUUGCUCAUGCAGUUCUCUAUUUUGUCUAUAUCAUCAUCUCUAUACUUAGUUAUAGCAUCCAUAAGAGAUGUCAUAAUUAAAAUUAUCAAAGCCAAUAAUAAUAUUGAAAACAAUAAUGGUAAAGAAGAACUUAUGGAAGAGAAAUGUUGCUCACGUCCAUUCACUGUCGUCACUCUAUGUUUUAUUCUUCCUGCAAUUCUAACAUUCUCCUCAUACAUCUACACGGAUGAAUCGGAACUCUCCAUAAAAAGAUUUAUGGGUUAUGACUGGCUUUUCAUAGGUAAUUUCUUAUUCCCUACAGUCUUUUUCUGUAGCCUGAGCUUCGCCUUCACUUUGUGGAAUGUGUACAUCGGAUCUUCAGCUAGAAACCGUAACCGUGCUUCUGAUCGCUACCUUGCCAUCUCACCAGCAGUUCAAAGCUCUGUCACAGUGAUCUUCCAAAUGUGUUUCCUAUAUAUUACUAUUGUAACAUUCUACUUCCGAAAAGAAUCGCUCAUGGUUGCCAUUAUGUUUUCGGCGUCCCAAAUUCUCUAUUCAAUUGGUUCUUUCAUAUUUGGAUCCUACAUAUUUCGUGUGCGUUUCGAAUAUGAACGAGAUCUGGACGGCUCUUACCAUAGUUUAGAACGAAAGCGAGAUAUAUCACGAGCCUUACUAGAACAUAUUGAUGCCCGCCAUAUCCCAGAAUCUAAUGCCAGCAUUCAGUCAUCAGAUAAUAACGAUCUUUACCUUCAUAUGUCCCAAAGCUUGUACGACAGGCAACCUAUGGUUAGCAUAGUUUGA